AUGCCUAGUGCUUCGUUUACUUCAACACGUUCUUAUGUUCGAAGAUCCCGUAGGAAAGGAGUAAAUCGAAUUCCUAUUCCAUCUCGUACGAAUGCAGAACAAUGUGAUCUGCCAGGUCAGCCUCCCAGUGGAGCAGCUUUGGGAUCUGGUGGGAAUUCAGCAUCUUCAGUAGCUGCAGGAAAUGCGUGUACAAGUGCUGCUACUCCUUCUACUGCUGGUUUACCAUCGGGCAGCAAUCAUAAUCCACCAUAUGAUUUAAGAAGAAAAUCUCCUCCACAUGCUCAGGAUACUUGUCCAAGCACCAGUGGAUCUUCCUCUUCUGCAUAUAUGACAUCAAUGCUUCCUGCUAGGAAAAGGCCUCGCAGGUCUUGCCCGUAUUUGGGUGAGGAAGUAGAAAAUAAUUCUGUAUCAGGGACUUCCAAUCAGGCAGCUCACUACCUUCAAUAUGAACUGCCUGAUGAAGUAUUACUCACUAUCUUCAGUUACCUUCUUGAACAAGAUUUGUGUCGUAUCAGCCAAGUAUGUAAACGCUUCCAAACAAUUGCCAAUGAUAAUGAGCUAUGGAGGACAUUAUAUCAAAAUGUGUAUGAAUAUGAUUUGCCACUGUUCAACCCAGCUCCGUGCCGUUUUGAGUUUGUGAAUCCCGUCGAUUCUGAUCACAUAAAUCCUUGGAAGGAAAGUUUUCGUCAUUUGUACCGCGGAGUUCAUGUCCGACCCGGUUACCAGGAGAAAACUUUCCGAGGCCGAAAUAUAUCUUAUUUUGACACUGUUCAAGGUGCUUUGGAUUACACUGAAGAACAAAGUUCAAAUGCUGCUGGUGGAGAUGAAGAAGCCCCAGGAGCAUUAAUAUUUCUUCACGCUGGAACUUACAGAGGAGAAUUUCUCGUUAUCGAUUCAGAUGUAUCAAUUAUUGGUGCUGCUUCUGGCAAUGUUGCUGAAUCUGUCAUAUUAGAACGUGAAACCGAGUCAACUGUAAUGUUUGUGGAAGGAGCUAAAAAAGCAUACGCGGGUCACUUAACUUUAAAAUUUUCUCCUGACGUGACGUCUACAGUCGCUCAUCACAAACAUUAUUGUUUAGAAGUGGGCGAAAACUCGAGUCCAACGGUUGAUCACUGUAUAAUUCGAAGCACUUCAGUCGUGGGAGCAGCGGUUUGCAUUAACGGUGUGGGGGCCAAUCCAGUCAUAAAGCACUGUGAUAUAAGUGACUGCGAAAACGUUGGUCUCUAUGUAACAGAUUUCGCUCAAGGAAUCUAUGAGGACAACGAAAUCAGUCGCAACGCCCUCGCUGGAAUCUGGGUUAAAAAUUAUGCCAAUCCAAUUAUGAGGCGUAAUCACAUUCAUCACGGACGAGACGUUGGAAUAUUUACAUUUGAUAACGGAUUGGGAUAUUUUGAAGCUAACGAUAUUCACAACAAUAGAAUAGCAGGUUUCGAAGUGAAAGCUGGUGCGAAUCCAACGGUUGUUCACUGCGAAAUUCAUCACGGACAGACGGGUGGCAUUUACGUUCAUGAAAACGGUUUAGGUCAGUUUAUAGACAACAAAAUACACUCGAAUAAUUUUGCCGGAGUGUGGAUAACUUCGAAUAGUAAUCCAACCAUACGAAGAAAUGAAAUAUACAACGGGAACCAAGGAGGAGUUUAUAUAUUUGGUGAAGGUCGUGGGCUAAUUGAACAUAACAACAUUUACGGAAACGCUUUAGCAGGCAUUCAAAUUCGUACUAACAGCGAUCCGAUCGUCAGGCACAACAAAAUUCAUCACGGUCAACAUGGGGGAAUAUACGUUCAUGAAAAAGGCCAAGGUUUGAUUGAAGAAAAUGAAGUUUACGCCAAUACUUUAGCAGGAGUUUGGAUCACUACCGGUUCAACCCCUGUUCUUCGCCGUAAUCGUAUACAUUCUGGAAAACAAGUCGGAGUAUAUUUUUACGACAAUGGACACGGAAAAUUGGAAGAUAAUGACAUAUUUAAUCAUUUGUAUUCUGGUGUUCAAAUUAGAACCGGUAGCAACCCCAUUAUCAGGGGUAAUAAAAUUUGGGGUGGUCAAAAUGGUGGCGUACUAGUUUAUAAUGGAGGUUUAGGACUUUUAGAACAAAAUGAAAUUUUCGACAAUGCAAUGGCCGGUGUUUGGAUUAAGACUGAUUCGAAUCCUACUCUUAAGCGCAAUAAAAUUUUUGACGGUCGUGACGGAGGGAUUUGUAUAUUCAACGGAGGAAAAGGUAUUCUCGAAGAAAACGAUAUAUUUCGAAAUGCCCAAGCGGGUGUUUUGAUAAGCACUCAAAGCAUACCGAUUCUAAGAAGGAAUCGGAUUUUUGAUGGUCUUGCCGCAGGAGUUGAAAUAACGAAUAACGCGACAGCCACUCUUGAGUACAAUCAAAUAUUUAAUAAUAGAUUCGGAGGGUUAUGUCUGGCAAGUGGAGUCGAGCCUAUUAUUAGAGGAAAUAAAAUCUUUAAUAAUCAGGAUGCCGUCGAAAAGGCGGUGAGCAAUGGGCAAUGCCUGUAUAAAAUUUCCAGUUACACAUCAUUUCCCAUGCACGACUUUUAUAGGUGUCAGACAUGCAAUACGACUGAUCGAAAUGCCAUAUGUAUUAACUGCAUAAAAACUUGUCAUGCUGGUCAUGACGUUGAAUUCAUUCGUCACGAUAGGUUCUUUUGCGAUUGCGGUGCAGGAACUUUAACGAAUCAAUGUCAGCUUCAAGGUGAGCCUACUCAAGACACGGAUACCUUAUACGAUUCGGCAGCACCCAUGGAAUCGCACACUCUCAUGGUGAAUUAA